UCAGCGCCUGCCAGACUGCGCCACAGAGUAACCUACCCUUCAGACAGCCAACCAUGUAUUGCCAUUGCCUCCUGAGUGAACCCCACACACCAUCAAGUGCAGCAUUCACAGAUGACAACAAACGAGAGAAGGUGCACAGCUUUCACAAACAAACAUAGCAGACAGUGUAGCAUUCACAGAUGACGACAAGACACAGCAGGUGCAACGUUCUCUCAACGAGAAGUAUUCAGUGACAAUCCUAGCCCUGUGACAUCUGGCGUUGUCAUCUUGGAAGAUGAAACGGCGGCCAUGGCGUCGAGCAAAUGGCACAACAUGGGCUGCCAGGAUGAUGUCUCGUUAGUACUGACCUGUGACACGUCCAGCAACAACAUAUGUCCUGUCGCUGGUUGUAUUUUGUGGAUUCACGACGUUCAUGGCGUACCAGUGGAGGAGUGAGCUACACGUCCUCCACAUUUACAUCAACGGCUCAUCCUUGACCUUCACUCCACCCCAUCCUGCAAAGCUUAGCACGAAUCAGACCGCGAAAAGAGCGGCCAUAGCCCGUACCAAACUACUAGCAGUUUCAGCCAUUCCCAGUGGAAACAUCCCUACAACAACGACCACUCAGCCAGUGUUAACCACUUCACGGUCAAUGCAGGCAGUGUGCAAAAACCGCUUCCGGGAAGAGUACCUGAAGAAGCAGAACUACUUGUGCUCAAGGCCUCUAGGAAGAUUCGGCAACAUAAUGUUUGUCUAUGCAUCCUCUUAUGGAAUAGCAACCUACAAUAACAGAACACUCAUUAUGGACACGGGCUUUUUGUUGAAAGACUAUUUUAAUCUUAAUGUCCAGUUAGUGGAUGAUUUUGAAUGUGUUAUUAGAGGGACGAAAGGACUGGGUCCAAGGCAGGCCUGUGCAUUCGAAGAGAGCCUCAUGCACAUAGCCAAAGGAGAGAACGUAUGCCUUGGAAGCUAUUUACAAUCCUACAAGUACUUCGAGCAUGUUCAGGACUCAAUCAAGAAACAAUUCACCUUCAAGAAGGAAAUCAAUGACAAAGCAAUGGGCAUUAUAAACGGUGCUAUAAACACGUUCCAUAAACGGAAUGUGACUGUGAAGGACACCCGCCCCGUGUUGGUGGGCGUCCAUGUGAGACGGGGCGAUAUGGUUAAACAUAAAUUUGGUUUUACGGUUGCAACGCCAGAAUACUUAGGAAAUGCCUCUAAGUAUUACCGAGACAAAUAUCCCAACACGUUGUUCAUUGUGUGUUCGAAUGAUAUGACGUGGACCAAAAAGCAUCUUGUUGGCGAUGACGUUUUUUACGUGGAAGGGAACACGUUUGACGUUGACAUGGCGGUGUUGGUGAGCUGUGACCACAGUUUGUCUACUGUGGGGUCAUUCAGUUGGUGGGCGGGGUUCCUGGCCGGGGGUGAGGUUGUGUACUAUCAGUGGCCAGCCCUCGAGCAGUCUGGACUCCGGAGACACUUCUCGGCCGACUAUAAAGACUUCUUCCCACCCUCCUGGGUCGGGAUGUAGUGACUUCCAUUAGGCCAUCUCUGACGGCAGUCUCCGCCCUGUUUCACUGUCGUCACUCAAAUGCUGAUAUAUAUGAAGUGUAUACAUAGUAUGAUUAUAUUCCCCAUUCCCACGUUAUAAUUGUGUUGGGCUGGGAGUUCAUCAAUUGUGGUAAAUCUCCUUGUACUAUGGGUACAUCAAUGUUCAUAUGUAGUGUAACACUUGCUGUUGUGGUGAACUAAAUGGCCCAAAAGCUCUUCUGUUCGAUUCCCACAUGGCUACGAAGCGUGAGCACAUUUCGUAUGAUUUUUGGCAAAAAGCGACAUAAAACCAUACACAGUAUGAAAUGUGAAUCGUUGCGAUGAGGUGACAAUUGGCUGUAACACAGGAAAGGCAAAACUUGUAGGAAAUACAUGUCAUGACCGGA